CCGCAGCGCCGAGCGACCGCCGGAGCCGCGGCAGGAGGUUCUCAACCCGGCCCUUGAGAUGAUGGGAUUGGGAAACGGACGUCGGAGCAUGAAGUCACCACCGCUCGUGCUGGCUGCCCUGGUGGCCUGUAUCAUUGUCCUGGGCUUCAACUACUGGAUCGCCAGCUCCCGGAGCGUGGAUCUCCAGACGCGGAUUGUGGAGCUGGAAGGCAGGGUCCGCAGGGCGGCUGCGGAGCGAGGGGCCGUGGAGAUGAAGAAGAAUGAGUUCCAGGGGGAGCUGGAAAAGCAGCGGGAGCAGUUGGACAAGAUCCAGUCCAGCCACAACUUUCAGAUGGAGAGCGUCAACAAGUUGUACCAGGACGAAAAGGCCGUUUUAGUGAAUAACAUCACCACAGGCGAGAGGCUCAUCAGAACCUUGCAAGACCAGUUAAAGGCCCUGCAGAAGAAUUAUGGCAGGCUGCAACAGGAGGUCCUCCAGUUUCAGAAGAACCAGACCAACCUGGAGAGGAAGUUCUCCUACGACCUGAACCAGUGCAUCAGUCAGAUGAAAGAGGUGAAGGAGCAGUGUGAAGAGAGAAUAGAAGAAGUCACCAGGAAGGGAAAUGAGGCCAUACCUUCGCGUGAUCUAAAUGAACAGAAGGACCAAAGCCAGCAGCCCCGAGCCCCCGGUGAGCCCCAGCCCAGGCCGCAGGAGGCAGGCCCGCCCCAGGCAGAGGUGCCAGAAGCAAGAGGAAACAUGCCCAGCCACAGUGAGCCCCAGACACCAGCCCCUAGCUCCGAGGUGGCUUUCGAUUUGAAGAGACAAGGUGAGAAAGAGGAAACCAAGGAAAUUCAAGUUGUCAGCGAGGAGGAGCUUCAGAGGGACAGCCUGGCACUGCCGAAGGAGCCAGGCCAAGAACAGGCGGUGGAAGGAGACAGACAAGUGGGUGGAAAAGGCAAUGGAGAACCUGGAGAGCUGGGCCAAAUCCCACAGGUCCCAGCUGCCCUGCUGGCCAGCCAGGAGAAUCAAGAGGCGGAGGGCCCUGAACGGGACCAGCUCGUCAUCCGCGACAGACAGGAGGAGAGGCAGGAUGCCGACGAGGAAGGGAGAAAUAAGCAGAAACUGGGAGCUGAUGAUGACUACAACAUGGAUGAGAAUGAGGCAGAAUCUGAAGCAGACAAGCAGGCAGCCCUUGCAGGGAAUGACAAAAGCAGAAAUGUUCUUAACGCUGAAAAUCAGAAAGGAGACACAAUAAAUUUACUUGAUCAGCGUGAAAAGAGGAAUCACACACUCUGAAUCAAACUGGAAUCACAUUCUUGUGUGUCAGAAUCGAACAGAGAUCACUACAAUAGUCACGAGGGAUUGAAUACUGUGAAAUGUAAUAAGUAAAAUAUCUAAAGAUGAUUAUUGUGGAGUUUUAGUUUGUAUUUACAAUGUAGGAAAAUGAGAUUGUCUUUGAGACAAGUGUUUUAGAGGUAUUUUUGAAGUGUUUAUAUUGAGGUGUCAAAAUUGUUGAAAUUUGUUGGCUAAUAGGUAUUUCAUAAGAAGAUCAACACCAGAAGUAGAACACAGGUUCUCCUUCAAGUACGGCAACAGCAGGAUUCAUAUUGUGAAGUGUAACGUUUGCUGUGAAGCGGACUCCCAUACUCACAGAGCUCCUUGUCUUCAGGUCCCUCUGGAGUCAUUCUCUUCGCCACAUGCUGUGCUGAGACAGAAACCAGCCCUGCAGUCGGCACUGAGUGAUUUUUAGUUUAUUCUUCCGUGCUCACUUCUGGUUCUGACAAUCAGUGGCCUAGAGCACUAACUGUUAACAUAAACAUCACUAGCAACGGUGUUAAACAAGUCUAAACACAGAGGUGUUUUGUGUGAGGAUUUUUUAAAAGACUGCUCCUUGUACAAUAACCCUUGUCAUUAAUGUACAAAAUGCUUUCAAAUGACUUGUAAUUUGAAUACCUGUGAUCUAUACUUGCCUUGCUUAGUAUGUGUGGGCAAAGCAUUACCAAGAAAAGCCACGAGUAGAUUAGACUUCUGACACAACAGGGGCCAAAGCAGGGCUGACCGUGGGCACGUGUGGCAGAGAGGGCAGUACCGCACUGUGGGUGGAUGUGCUGCAGACACUGCCUACUUCACUGCUAGAAGAAGAGAAGAGAAAUUUGAUGAUGAAGGAGAUACACAGCAUACAGAUUUGGAAAGUUUAGAAAGUAAAAAAAAAAAAAUGCAAUAGUUGUCUUUUUCAGUUUACACAUGUACCUUGCGGUAAAGGACCAUAUCACAAACUGAUUUAAAAACCAAAAUUAAUUUGCAAAUGACUAAUCAUAAUUUGCUUAAUAGUGACAUCAGGUUUGAGUUGGUUCUUAACAUUGCGAAUAAGAAAGGCUCCCUACAGGGUUAAGUGGGUGGUGAUGCUUAUUAAAUCAGCAUUGAGUCACAGGGCUUGAGAUGCAGGGGCUUCAGGUCAUGUGACAUAACCCCCUGGUUAACAGAGAAGAGACUGGGUCCUGGAGGACUUCUGAAGCUUCUCCAGGCCCAGCCAGAGUGCCUGCCUCGCAGCCAGCUGCGGACUCCUGGUGCCCCUGCUGCCACUGAGGGGCGGGGCCUGGUCUCCAUUCAGGUUAUAAUCGCCAACUUGAAUGCUGUGUGCUAUUUUCUUACCUAAUCAUUAAGAUUAUAAGUUUCCACCCAGAAAAGGCAACUGAAGGGUGUGAAAGUAGCUUUAUAAGAUACUCAUCUAGGUCCUUGUCCAGCCUCCCUCUGUCUGAGUCUUAGUCAGUCUUAGGGUUGAUGUCUUGCAUAUUAGCCUUUGUUCAUCUCAUGUUUAAUCAGUGUGCCUGGAGUUGCUGAGAAAUGAAACUCUGUUCAGGUUUUAAAACUGCUUUCAGUUUUCCCUUCAUCUGCUGUUGAAACUGGAAUCAGCUUGUAAACUGUGGAUUAAGGAUGGUCAUUUGCCUUAUUAAUUAAACCUUUCUGUGGAAUGAGAUGCCGAUAUAAAUAAAAAAUAAUCAUGAUUUAAUCUCCCUGUACAGAGGCACCUGAAAGCUGUUUGUUCGGGAGGGGUGUACUUCACGUGUUCUUCAAGCAGUCAUGCUUUAUUGCUGUUGGCUUCCCUUGGGAUCAACUAUUCCAAGGAACAAUCUAGAAAUGCCACAGCUAUUUAUUUAAAAAAUAAAACCUGUGUAAUAAGCAUCAAAUAGAUUAUCCAACAACGUGGUCUUUUGGGUUCAUCUAAA